GCAUCAGGAAUGGAAAAAGCCGGUGACGAAUGUCUGUGUUUGCCUGUUGGAUGGAGGUGUGAAAUUAAGCAAACUUACCCCAGCGUUGCCCCCGAGCCCCUGGCGCUGGCGUUUGGUGGAGCCUCGUGUGCAAAGCCAGGCAUGUGAUGAAGCUGGGGCUCGGCUGGGACCCAUGGGUGGGCGCCCCAAGGACACCCAGGUGGUGCUGCAGGAGAGUCACAACCCCUCCUAGAAACAGAGAAUUACUUGGUUGGAAGAGAACUGCGAGAACAUUAAGUCCAAUCAUACCUGUCCACUACUAAAGCAGAUACCUGAGCACCUCAUCCACUCAGGUUUUGAACCCCUCCAGGGCUGAGGAAUCCACCACCUCCCUGGGCAGACCAGGGGACCAAGGGACCCCAAAGGACCAAUGUUCCCAUGCCAGCCGCACACCUCCAUGCUGGCUCCACCCCGAGGAACCCUUGCAGGCAGGGAUUCUGCUCUUCAUAGGAUGGUCCAGAGCAGUGCCAGGGCCCUCCAUACCACAGCUCCUUAGGGUUCCAACUGGAAAAUCAGUGCCCAUAUCUACUGGUGCAGGAUUUGGCUGUGGUUCCUUGGCCACGGUGGUGUUGUUGGUUUGUGUGACACAUGAGUAGUCAACGAGGGAAGGGACAUGCCCAGAAACGGCCUCAACAAGCCCCACGUUCCCCUUGUCCAACUUCCAAUGCCUCCCCAUCAGGAUACAGACCAACUGAAGGAUGCAUCCCUACGUCCUGGCUGUGGUUGUUGACCCCAGUGAAGAUGGAGAGCUCUCAGUUUGACAUUCUCCUGCCGGUAUCCCCUAAGGACAUUGCGAUAACUGCCCCUGGGUCGUUUGCUUUUCCUAUCGGUGCCGCCAGCCAAACAACCACGGUUGGGAUAUAAGGAGCUCGGCUGGAGCGGGUGACAGACUCAGUGUGCCACUGCACUUUGAGGCUCAACUCGAAGCCACCAUGAAGCUGCUCCUGCUUCUCAGCUUGGUAGCCCUGGCCCAGUGCCAUGGCCAUAGGAUCUCUCUGCGGCGAGGGAAGUCCAUGCGGCAGGUCCUGGAGGAGAAGGGCUUGCUGGACCACUACCUGAAGGAGCACCCCUACAACCCGGCCGCCAAGUUCCUGGCUGCUGGCACCUCCACUGAGCCCCUGCAGAACUACAUGAAUAAUGAGUACUAUGGCACCAUCUCCAUUGGUACCCCAGCCCAGGAAUUCACCGUCCUCUUCGACACCGGCUCCUCCAACCUGUGGGUGCCCUCCGUGUACUGCUCCAGCCAGGCUUGCAGCAACCACAACCGCUUCAACCCAUCGGCUUCCUCCACCUACGUUGGCACCAGUGAGACCGUUGAGAUCGCCUACGGCACUGGCAGCAUGACUGGCAUCCUGGGCUACGACACCGUCGGCGUUGCAGGCAUCAACGUUGUCAACCAGAUCUUUGGUCUGGCUGAGACUGAGCCAGGCGAUUUCUUCUACUACACCCCCUUCGAUGGCAUCCUGGGUCUGGCUUACCCAAGCAUCUCCUCCUCUGGAGCCACUCCCGUCUUUGACAACAUGAUGUCAGAAGGUCUUGUGACUGAGGACCUCUUCUCCGUCUACCUGAGCAACAACGAGCAGAGCGGCAGCUUCGUCCUCUUUGGUGGCAUCGAUUCCGACUACACCACCAAUGGCAUCACCUGGAUCCCCCUCUCUUCUGAAUCCUACUGGCAGGUCACCAUGGACAGCGUCACCGCCAGCGGCCAGGCCAUCGCCUGCGCUUCCGGUUGCCAGGCCAUCGUGGACACGGGCACCUCGCUCCUGGCUGUGCCCAACAACGCCCUGAACAACAUCAUCGCCAGCCUUGGUGCCAGCUCCAACGGCCAGAUCAGCUGUGAUGACAUCAGCACAUUGCCCACCAUCUACUUCAACCUCAAUGGCAACGGGUUCCCAGUGCCACCCAGUGCCUACGUGAUACAGAGCGAUGGAUACUGCAGCCUCGCCUUCGAAGGCUUGGACAUCCCCACCGAGUCUGGCGAGCUCUGGAUCCUCGGAGACGUCUUCAUCCGCGAGUACUAUGUGAUCUUCAACAGGGGCAACAACAUGGUGGGACUGUCCCCGCUGUCCUAAGCGCUCCGCCAUGCCGGGGACAGGCAGCGCAUCCCACUGCCACCGCGUGCCCAGCUUGGUGGCUGGCCCUUGACCAGCACUGCCUUCCCCUCCUGCCACAGCCACCGAGCACAAUA